CAGGGACAUUGACUUACUUUACGCGUGGGUAAAACACUCUGGAAUCAGCUGCUUUCCUCUCUAGAAGGCAGUGCUGGACGCGGGAGCUGCUCUAACGUUAUUCGUUGCAUCGGCUGGCACGCUGAGACCAUCAGCAUUGAAGCCUUCAUUUUUUUGCGCAAGUGGACGGUGCGCCCCUGCGUUUGGAGCCAUGGGUUGUACGGUGAGCGCCGAGGAUAAGGCUGCCGCGGAGAGGUCAAAGAUGAUUGACAAAAACCUCCGAGAGGACGGAGAGAAGGCAGCCAGAGAAGUGAAGCUGCUUUUAUUAGGCGCUGGGGAAUCUGGGAAGAGUACCAUUGUAAAGCAGAUGAAGAUCAUCCAUGAAGAUGGCUACUCAGAAGAUGAGUGCAAGCAGUACAGAGCAGUGGUUUAUAGUAAUACCAUCCAGUCUAUUAUGGCCAUUGUUAAAGCCAUGGCCAGUCUCAAGAUAGACUACAGCAACCCUGGCAGAGUGGACGAUGCCCAGCAGCUCUUCGCCCUGUCUGCAGCUGCUGAAGAACAGGGCAUCUUUCCUGAUGAUCUGUCCAAUGUGAUGAGGCGUUUGUGGGGUGACAGAGGCAUACAGAGCUGCUUUGCACGGUCGCGAGAGUACCAACUCAACGAUUCUGCAGCAUAUUACCUGAAUGACCUGGAGAGGAUAGCUAAAGCAGAUUACAUUCCCACCCAGCAAGAUGUGCUGCGGACUCGGGUCAAGACCACUGGCAUUGUGGAGACUCACUUCACCUUCAAGGAACUGCACUUCAAAAUGUUUGAUGUCGGAGGCCAACGCUCCGAGAGAAAGAAGUGGAUCCACUGUUUCGAAGGAGUCACAGCCAUUAUUUUUUGUGUUGCACUGAGUGCUUAUGACCUGGUGCUGGCUGAGGAUGAGGAGAUGAAUCGAAUGCAUGAGAGCAUGAAGCUGUUUGACUCCAUCUGCAACAACAAGUGGUUCACUGAGACCUCCAUCAUCCUCUUCCUGAACAAGAAGGAUCUCUUUGAGGAGAAGAUUACUCGCAGCCCUCUUACCAUCUGCUACCCAGAAUACACAGGAGCCAACAAGUUUGAUGAAGCUGCCAGUUACAUUCAGACUAAGUUUGAGGACCUGAACAAGAAAAAGGACACAAAGGAGAUCUACACUCACUUCACCUGUGCCACUGACACCAAGAACGUGCAGUUUGUCUUUGACGCCGUCACUGACGUCAUUAUUAAGAACAACCUGAAAGACUGUGGUCUUUUCUAAAGAGCGAUGCCCAACGCACACAGACUGCAUGAGAGACUGCAAGAGCCAUGUGAUUAUUACUGCUUUUCAUAAUGAAAACCAUAACAGACUUGAUUCCUAGAGGGGAACCUUAAAGAACGUCAACAAUCACUGAUUUGCAACCAUUACAUUCUCUGUCAAUUGUGUUAAUAUUUUUAUUUGAAAUAUAUGUCUUACUACUCUUGAUCAGGGGUUCUCAUACUAUUCAUACUGAGUGCCUGCAAAUAUAUAUUUGAUCAAGGACCCCCUUUUCGGUUUUCAAAUUAGAUUAGUAACCUAAACUAAAUUAUCCGACUGGUUUAAAGCUUUAGUGCGUAACUUUUUGAUAUUAAUGAACGUCCGUUACAUUCAAGCCAUUGCCAAAUGAGUUGCUACAAAGACUAUCGGCU